AUGGCGGACCUGCCCACUUAUCUGGUGCUGGGCUUCAUCAUUGUGCCACCGAUUCUUCGGCAAGCCAAGCGCCUAGCCUCGUCUGUCCGAACGCCUCGUCCAAUCGACCCUUCGCAGCCCCCACCGCCAAAGUUACUGUCUCGACAAAGGCUCACGCCAUUCAGCACACCCUUCACCGCUGCAGUAUCAAUAGCAUCAAUCCUACUCGUCCUCAUCAGCCUGCGUAACCUCGUGCCUGUGCAGUAUGGAUUCGACAUCUUUAUCCCAUCAUCAGUCAUUGACAAGCUGCGCAAGUCCAUCUACACGCUCUAUACAGCACCGAGCGUCUUCCAGCCCGAAGACGGGAUCGACAAUGUACCGCUACACAUUGAAGCCUUCCGAGGUGGAUCCAAGCCGGAUCUCUUCCUUGCAUACAAAGCUCCCAUCACCAUACCCACCACAACGCUGCGAGAUUUGAUCAACGCGACACCUUCACUGCUGCCCAUCGGCUACUUGACUCCGGUUAAGCAAGCUGAGCUGCAAGCGCUCAUAGCUAGGCUCUCGAGCUACGAGGGUCGACGCACUUAUCUCCUUCUUGGACCGGCACCACUGCUGGACUGCACUUUCUGCAAAAACGCCAGCGACCACUUUUGGUAUGCUCUUCCGUUCUUGUUCGGAGCAUACGCUUGGCGAAUCUUAGCUCUCGGGCUACUCACAACGCAUCCGCACGACUCGGUGGCCGUAGCGAUUCGGCAGCUCGGAGCACUUUUUGGCUUCUCAUCACCCCCACCUCCACAGACUCAAGCUCCGCAAGCAAAUGCAAAGGAGCAUGAAGCCGAUCGCAGCGGAUGGCGCACUCCCUCAGUCACAGUUCUGCUCGGGCUGCUCGUUGUCGAAAUGCUCAUCAUGUUUGAGUUCGGCCAAGUGACAGCUGGCUCGUCUCGACUCAAUCAUUGGCAUACCAAUCUGCAUAUCAUUCGUCAACUUGUAUUUCUGGCUUUGGUUCUCACGGUCUAUCUUCAGCCAGCGCCCAAAGUGGUGGGUAGCUUCGAACAAAGCAUGCUUCAUCUUGCAGCCGCUCAACAAAGCUUGCAGAACCUCAUACACGUAUCAGAGCUGGAUGACAUCACGCGGACUGUGGUUCUUCAAGAUGAUCAGCUCCUCCAGAUGUCGAGGCAGUGGAGGAGUAGCAGCGACAGCAGAGCAGGGCCAAAUAUGGGUCCAAAGAAGGCGAGCAGCAUUAUCCAAGCUGUAGCACAACAGGAAGGGCAGACAGCGACUGCUGGCAUCGCACAAGCACGCGAGGGGAUUCAGAGAGCGACAAGAUUCUGGUGGCAGAACGCCGAGGCUGUCAAUCAACAAGCUGACGACAGAGAACGUCACUUCGAUCAAGCAACGACAGCGAGGAGUGGCAAAUCACCAGCACCGUCGACAGCAAUUGAAUCCGCAUCUGCUCGCUCACCGUCGAGCAACACAGCGAACAAAGUCGAAUGA